GACGAAGAGAGAGAGAGAGAGAGAGAAAGAAAAGAAAAGAAUCGCGGUGAGGAGGGGAGGGGCGCGUAGAAUCGCAAGUGGAAGAAGAAGAGUUGGGUCGUGAGGGGUCCAAAAAGCGUAGCGUUCGGGUGUGAUGUGGUGGAGCCCCCCGAGGGGCCGCGGGGGCAGGAGGUUCGAGGCAGAUCGGUGGUGAGGGCCCCAGGCACGGCUCGGUUGCCCCGCGGCGAGGUCGCCGGGGGGGCGGGGGACGAGGUAGGAUGGUGUGACCUCCGGCGUUAUCCCGCCCGACGCGGAGGUGGUGCUGGAGGUGGCGGAGGCGGUGGUGGAGGAGGUGGCGGUGGAGCCGAGCAGCUGCUGCUCGACUCGCAGGAGGAGGAGCCGACGGCGAUGUCGAGGCAGCUCCGCGUUGAACGGGACCACGUGAGCCGUUGCGACCUCCAAGAACAGCGCGACUUCCGCGACCUUCGGGACCUACGCGACCGGGACCCCAGGGAUCUCAGGGAUUACCGGGACAGGGAUAUCAGGGACGACAGGGACGACGUGGAGAGGGUGCGGGACGAUUACCUGGAUUACGAUCAUCAUCCUACCGCUGCGUCCACUUCGGCGCUCACCAACAAUCCGGGCUCGGCAGACUCGAACUACUCACAGCCGAGCUCGGAUCUCUCGCUGGACGAGGAGAAAGAGAGCUUGCGUCGUGAGAAGGAGAGGCAGGCCCUCAAUCAACUUGAAAAAGCCAGGACGAAACCGGUAGCGUUCGCAGUGCGGACCAAUGUGAGCUAUGACGGAUCCGUCGACGAUGAUUCGCCGGUCCAUGGCUCGGCUGUCAGCUUCGAGGUUCGCGACUUCCUGCACAUCAAGGAGAAGUACGACAACAACUGGUGGAUAGGCAGGCUGGUGAAAGAGAACUCGGACGUCGGUUUCAUCCCAUCCCCGGUGAAAUUGGAGGCCCUGAGGCAGCAGGCGAGCGCUGCACGUGGUACAAAGGGUCUCUAUUCGACGCGUGGAGGGUCUUCAGGGAACCUUGGCGAGAGUGGUAUGCCCUCACGUGGUUCCACACCACCUACACCAGGUAUCCUAGCACGUCCUUCUUUCUUUCCGCCCCUCGAAAACCACCGGUGUACCUGUACGGCAAUUCCCGACCGAUCGAUGAUCCGACGUCGAAGCAAGUCUGUGAAGGAGAACUUGCAAAUCGAGGUUUUAACUCGUCCACAUUGGCACAGCGGUGGACACGUGAGCGAGGGGAGCCGGAAGUCGAGGCUGGAGAGGAUGGAUCGUGAUCGGGGCGAUCGUGGUGAACACGACUACGGGAACGAGGAGGAAUCGUACGUCAGUGGCGUCGAUUACGGGAGCGCAUCUAGGCGUCGCCAGCAGCAAGACCCGCGCGCAUUGAACGCCAUUUAGGAGCUGGGGCCCCGGGGCCUGUCGCUACAGCGCUGUCCCCACCUGCGCACCACUGCUCUUUAGUGGGGUCGCCACCUGGAAUUCCGUAAAACGAUGGGCGGGUUGAUAAUCGAAUGUCCUUGUCGAUGAAGGUACGCACAGGAUAAAUCCCCCAUUCGCGGAGCCAGCUCAACGAGAUGAGUAUGUACACGAGAACCAAAACCAAAGAAAAAUUAUAUACAGAAUCAGAGAGAGAUGUUGAAAGAGGUAUUAAGAAUUAUAUUACGUACGAGUGUGAGGGAAAAAACAAGAAUGAGAGGAAAAAAGAGCCCUGGGGCCUUAAUUUUUGCGCUGACUCCUCCUGGGCCCCUAUACCCACCCCCACGAGAAUCAUAAGAUUUUUUAAGAUCGAUGAUUUAUAGGAGAAACUCGUGAAUCGGCAUCGGGUCUUUGUUAAGAAAAAAAAGAAAAAAAAAAAAAAAACGCCACGAGAUCUUAAAGCUCGAAGUUAA